CUAUCAACAACUUCACAGGGGAAUUACCUGAUGAGAUUGGUAAUCUUAAUCUGGAGCGUUUUGUCAUCCAUGAGAACAGCUUCACUGGCCUUAUUCCAACCAAAAUAUUCAAUAGUUCAACUCUUAAAUCGCUGGUGCUGGGUAACAAUGAUUUCUUUGGUUAUCUUCCAUUGAGCAUGGGGCUUUGGCUUCCCAAUCUCGAGCGUCUUUUGCUCGAUAACAACAACCUGAAGGGAAUAAUCCCAAGCUUCAUCUCGAAUGCUUCUAAGCCUACCAUCUUAGGCAUGUCUGGCAACUCACUCACCGGAGUUAUUCCUGAUCUUGGUAAUUUAAGACUCCUGUCCUAUCUUAUUUUGGGGGAACAUAAUCUGACAAGGGAAUCCUCCACUACAGAAUUGCGAUUUUUCUCUUCAUUAACAAAUUGCAGAAACUUGAGGUUGUUGGAAUUGUCACUCAAUCAACUAAAUUGCGCCCUCCCGAUGUCACUGGGGAAUCUCUCUACUUCUCUUGUAUAUUUGGCAGCAUUUGGAUGUAAACUUAAAGGGAAUAUUCCUAGUGGAAUUGGAAACUUGAGUAGCUUGGAGAUGUUAAGCUUAGAUAGCAAUGAGUUGACAGGAUUCAUCCCAAGAGGACUCGGGAGUUUGAAACAUCUCACACGGUUAUAUCUUGAGCACAAUAGACUACAAGGAUUCAUCCCCACAGAUCUUUGCCAGGUGAAGAGCUUGGGACACAUAUAUUUAAGUGACAAUAUGCUCCAUGGACCCAUACCAGCAUGCUUGGGUGAACUUAAAUCCCUGACAAGUGUCUUCCUAGAUUCCAACAGUUUGAAUUCCACAGUGCCCUUAAACUUGUGGAGCCUUACAGAUCUACUUGGUCUAAAUCUCUCUUCAAAUUUUUUAAGUGGCUACUUACCAUCAGAUAUUGGAAAAUUGAGGGUAAUAGCACAAAUAGACUUGUCAUGGAAUAAGUUGUCAGGGGACAUCCCGAGCUCCAUUGGAGGUGCUCAAUCAUUGGUUUCUCUAUCCCUGGCGGGUAACGAUAUUCAAGGACCCAUUCCUCAGUCAUUUGGCUCCUUAAUAAAUUUAGAGUUUUUAGAUCUAUCGAAUAACAAUCUGUCUGGAGUGAUUCCCAAGUCCUUGGAGGCUCUAAGGUAUCUUGAGGGGGACAUUUUGCAAACUUUACAGCUCAAUCAUUCGUGCAAAAUGAUGCACUAUGUAGUGCACAUCGAUUGCAAGUCCCGCCAUGCAGAAAUGGCUCUCUCGGACAAUCAAGGUCCAAAGUUAUGCCUCUAUUGCUAUACAUUUUACUGCCCACCACAUCAGCAAUCCUUGCGGUGGCCCUUAUAUACAUGUUACUUAGAUGGAAAAAACCAAGCAACAGACGCAUUUAGUGACAGCAACCUUCUUGGUACUGGGAGUUUUGGCACAGUAUAUAAAGGAACAAUGUCAGAUGAAGUUAAGAUAGCAGUAAAAGUUUUUAAUUUGCAUAUAGAAGGAGCAUUCAAGAGUUUUGAUGUUGAAUGUGAAGCCAUGCACAACAUUCGGCAUAGGAAUCUAAUUAGAGUAAUAAGUAGUUGUUCCAACAUGGAUUUCAAAGCCUUGGUACUAGAAUACAUGCCUAAUGGGAGCCUUGACAAAUGGUUAUACUCUCAUAACCAUUACUUGGAUAUCAUUCAAAGGUUAAAUAUAAUGAUAGAUGUGGCUUCAGCCUUGGAAUAUCUACAUCAUGGUCUUAAAACAUCCAUUGUUCAUUGUGAUUUGAAGCCCAACAAUGUGCUACUUGAUGAGGAUAUGGUUGCACAUGUUGGAGAUUUCGGUGUUGCCAAACUCUUCGGAGAGGGGGAGUUUAUGGCACAAACUAUGACCUUGGCAACAAUUGGGUACACGGCCCCAGAGUAUGGAAGGGAAGGAAUAAUAUCCACAAAGGGCGACGUAUAUAGCUAUGGCAUUAUGCUGAUGGAAAUGUUCAGGAGGAAGAAGCCGACAGAGGAAAUGUUUGCUGGAGAAUUGAGCUUGAAGAGUUGGGUUGAUAAAGCACUUCACGGUUCAAUAAUUGAAGUUGUAGACACCAAUCUGAUGAGAGAUGAGUAUGAACAUUACUCCGCGAAGGAGCAUGGUGUAUCAUCUCUGUUAAGAUUGGCCAUGGAUUGUUCAAGUGAUUUACCUGAUAACAGGAUCAACAUGAAGGAUGCCUUGGUCAGACUCCAGAAAAUUAAAGUCCAGUUUCUAGAAACUACAGAGCAACUGAAAGAUAAAGGAGCUCUUUGAUUCAAUGCUGUCAAAAGGAGAAACAAUAGAAAAGGGACAGAUGGCUUCUGCAUAUAAGGUGAUCAGAUGUGAAAAAAGAGCAUACAGAGCCUACUGGAGAGAGGCAGAAAAAGGCAGAAAGAAAGAGAAAAAUAAACGGGUUGUGGUGGUGAUUUCCCUCUGAACUUGACAUCUUUAUCGGGAGAAAAUAGUCAAUAUAAUGGUGACACUAUUCUAUUAUUAUUACGUACUUUCCAAUGUUGUUUUUGGUCCUGUGUUCGGUUUGUUGAUCUUUUUUAGUACUUAGUUGUUGCAGUAAAGCCUUCGAAUUCUUUCAAAAAAAAUGUCUUCGAGUCUCCGAGACUAGUAUUUGUCUGUCGUGUGAUGCUAACACGCUUACUAAAAUAACAAUCUCCCCUUUGACAAUUU